GAAAAUGGAUGGAUACUUAGGAUAAUACAGAGCCAGUACUUGGCACUCCCAAAGCUUUACAGACGUUUUUCCAGAAUCCUGUUUCUCUUUCAACACGUUCUUCUUCCACCUGGUUCUGAGAGAGUUUUAUGCGUGAGAAACGAAGAAGACGGACCAUCUUUAAAGAAAUAAACCUCGCUUUAAACAAACGGGAUUGCUUGCCAAGUUCAAACCAAACCAGACUCCGGUGUGCUGUCGCUGGGAUGGCUGAACCCCGGAGAGUUCAGCUGUUUACUCUCAGCAGUGAUGCGCCCUCUUCUAACUCGCCUUCGACCCACAGGUGUCCGUCAGGGGUUCCGCAGAUGGAAGAAUCCCGCUCAGAUCGACCCGCUGACACUGAAACAGUCCGGCUCGUCCUCACAUUAUUUGAGCCCGACGAGCGGAGCUUCCCGGAGUUCAGCUAUAGGCAGCUUGUUGAUGACAAGAUAAGUCAGUCAAAAAUUGAAGGACCACUGAGCAGACUAGAGGAGGAAGAAAAGAGGGAGAACGAUGAAGUCGCUGCCAUUGCAAGGAAGUUGGAAGAAAAAUAUGGUGCCAAACCUAAGAAAAAAAAGGACCGCAUCCAGGACUUGAUCGACAUCGGAUUUGGUUAUGAUGACGAGGAUUCUUUCAUUGACAACUCUGAGGCUUAUGACGAGUUCGUGCCAUGCUCCAUCACCACCAAAUUUGGUGGGUUCUAUGUGAAUUCGGGCGUGCUGCAGUUCCGCCAGGCCUCUGACACCGAAGACGAUGACCUCACAGCCGAAGAGGAAACGAUUGAGAUGACAAACUCUAUGUCUGAAAUUGGGCAGACUGAUGAGAUGGAGAUCAAAAAGAAGAAAAAGGCUGUUAGGACUCUGAGCGUCACCAGCAUGCUGAAAAAGUUUCAAAAAGAAAGGAGAGAGAGAGACAGAAGAGAGCGAGGGACAAGGCAGCUGCAAAUCUGGGUGCAACAGUAA